GUUUUCCUCAAGAAGAAGACGUGUCGACUCGGCGGCAGGCAAGGGGAAAAGGGAGAGUCACGGCUGCUGUGCAGGUUCAAUUCAGUGCGACUUUAAGACGAAAGGUGAUCGCGGACCAUGCUGAGGGCUUGUGUCAGAGGUGCUCGUUCUACACUUGGGAAAAACUAUGGAAGAAGCCCUCUAAACAGUCUGCCGUCCUACAGACGCUACACAGCUGGGGAAAGCAGCGGGGCUGCCAAAGUGGUCACCGCUGGCCUGAUGACAGUCGGCGGUGGCAUCGGAGGAACGGUACUCUACGCCAAAUGGGACCACAAGUUCCGAGAAACCGUGGAGAAAAAUGUUCCUUAUUCGGAACGGCUGCUGGCGUUGGCAUUGGGACCUGCUCCCCGAGAAGCUGGGCUUUCUGUCAAAAAACAGACUGAGUUGUCGCAAUCUCCCUCAAUGAUGGAAAAAGUGAUGAAACCAUCUAAAGCCAAGCGAGAGAAGAAAGUGGAGUCUGUGGAGAGUCCCAUCGAAGAGGCUAAUCCACUCCAGCCUGCACAGAGCCUACAAGAAGCUUCAGCUGAAGCGACUCAUAUAAUCUCAGCCAUCAGUGAAGUACCAUCAGUCCCUGCUCCAUGCGACACAGAGGUGACACCAGUCAAAGCCACCAUAAGUGUCUGUGUCUGUCUAGAGGAGUGCAAAGAGUGUCAUGACCAUAGAGUAACUCCAGAGACAGCUGCAGUUUCCAAUGAAAUACGGUCUGUAACGGCAGUAGAACCACUGAAAGAGCGUCCAGUGGAAGAGGUGACAGCUCGACUUGCUCAGCAAGACCUAGACGAAAAGGAAAUGCUGGGAUCUGUCUCAGUAAAUCUUGAUGACUCAUUGGCUAGCUCAGCUAAAGCCACGCUGCAGGCCAUUGGAGCUCAGGAAGCAGCCUUGCAGGCCAUCUCGCAGCACACACUAAGACUGAGGGAAGCUAUGGAAGCAGAGGUUCCAUCUCAGGAGAAGUCAGCCCAGUGGAAGGAUGUAGAAGCUUGUCUUUCAAAUAGAGUGGCUGCUGUAAACGAGGCGGGCACAGCUCUAAUGAAAGCCAAUGAGGCCUUGGACAACCUCAAGUCUGUCAUUGACAAAUCCAAGGGGCUGAAUGUUCCUGCUGUCCGACCACUCGUGUUAGCAGCAGAGGAGAAUCUCCAUAAAAUGGUCGUAGACUUGGAUAAAGUGGUCAACAAGGUGCAGUCUGCAGAGUCAGAAUCUAAGGUUGUCUCCCAGUACAGUGAACUGGUUAAUGAGGCCAAAAUACAGUUCCAAAGGGAAGUGAGCAGCCUAACUCCAGAGAUUCAGGCCAACUGGAAAGGACUUGCUGGUAAGCUGUCAACAGAUGACCUGAAUGCCCUUAUUGCACACGCACACCGUCGCAUUGACCAGCUAAACCGAGAGCUGGCGGAGCAGAGAGUCAGGGAGCAGGUCCAUAUUAAUGCUGCUCUGGAGCAGCAGAAGUUGGAGCACCUGAAAGCCCAAGAGACGGCUAUUAACACGUCCCUGCAGCACAUCAAGGAGGACGCGCGGCUGGAGCAGGAGAGAAAGCUGUCUGAAUUGAGGGAAGUGAUGGAGGCAGAGAUGAGGACUCAACUCCGACGUCAGGCGGCUGCUCACACAGACCAUGUCCAAGAUGUCCUCAAAGUGCAGGAGCAGGAAUUGAAAGCUGAAGCUGAUCAGAUCCUAAGCAGUAAGCAGUUGGAACAAGAAACCCGAUAUCGUCAACUGAGCCAGGAGCAGCUGGAUAACUUCACUUUGGAUAUGAACACUGCCUAUGCGAGACUAAAGGGAGUGGAGGAGGCCAUAGACAGCCACGUGGUAGCGGAGGAGGAGGCUCGAAAAGCUCACCAGCUGUGGCUCUCCGUGGAGGCCCUCAACUACACCUUGAAGAGCGCUGAUGCCGGUUCACCUACCAAGCCACUGGAAGGCGCCGCUCAGGCCGUGCGAGACAGCUGCCGUGACAAUGAAUUUGCCUUGGCUCUGGCGACAGCUCUUCCAGAAGAAUCGCUACAGCGCGGCGUGUACAGCGAGGCCUCACUCCGAGCCCGCUUCUAUUCUCUGCGCUCGCUAGUUCGGAGGGUUGCCCUUAUUGAUGAGUCUCACAACUCCUUGUACCAGUAUUUCCUAUCCUACCUGCAAGCCACACUGCUUUUUGAUGCAAAACAGGAAGCCCCGCCCGCCCAGCUAAGCGGGGACGAUUUAGACCCGUUCAAGCUCCUUUCAUAUGCCACCUACUGCUUAGAGCAUGGUGAUCUGGAGUUAGCAGCUAAACUGGUGAACCAGCUGACAGGAGAGGCCCGGAGAGUGGUGGAGGACUGGCUGAAUGAAGCCAGGCUCACGCUGGAAACCAGGCAGGUGGUCGGUUUGUUGUCUGCUUAUGCAAAUGCUGUAGGGUUAGGAACCACUCAAGCUCCAUAGGCUCACCCUCUGACUAAAGGGUCAUCAAAUACUUUCCUUUUCCAUGCUUGAAAGGUAGCGGAUGAAUAGUUUGCGUUUUGCUGAGGUGAGAGAUUUUCAGUGGUGUAAGCAGGCGUAAACCUCGUAAUGGUGGUCCACUCGUCUGUUGUUUAAAAGCACUGUGUCACAAUAGAUAACUAAUAACUACUUUAUACCCAAUCGGUCUGGUGUUAUCUGUUGAGGCCCACUUCAACCAGGUAUUUAUUUUUGGCACAUUUUCAUCUUUUUUGCCCAGGAAAUUGUAAGUAAAAGAAUAUUGUACAAGGAAUGUCUUUCUGCAUUUUAUUUUUGUCAAUAAUGCACUUCACAAUAAAUCACGAAUAAGAAG